UCCGUUUUCCUGACGUAAAACAGCUUUUGAAUAUCAUUUCUAGUGUCGUGUCACGAGAUAUUCACUUUUCCGUGACAGCAAAGCUGUGAGUGAGUGAGUGAAAGCUGGUACGGUUGUCAUUUCGCCCUUGUAGACUCCGAAAUCUCUUGGUUAUGUAAGCCCUCGUGGAGACACAAAAAAGGCACAACACGUUGCCGUACGCACGUAACAUUACUACCUGCGUAGCACGCCGGACCGCCGGCACAACAACCAACCAAGACACCAGGAGGCUUCGAGUAGCUGAUUUACAAGCAUCGACGGCCAUUUGAACUCCGGGCUCAGGCUAAAAGGCGAUCGCGACACAGUCAAUGAGUCCUGUGGGUCUCUUCAGAUAUCGUUUUGAAGAACACAGGUUUUAGGAGAGUCGGCCUUACAGCGUGAGAAGUAAUAUAAGUUCUUUGGCUGCCUUGGUGUGACAUUUAUGGCGUUUGUGAAGGACAGUGCGGAGUACUGCAGGGCACAACACGACGCGUGAACGUUCCACCGAACUGUGCCUCCCGUGCCCAGCAAUAACGACCCCCCUUUGUUGCCGCACCUUGUUGCCAUUUCGGGCCAGCCAUUCCCUCCUCUUCCCAGAAUCACUUUGGAAUGGGGUAAUUUCGAUUACGGGUAGCGAAACCCCCUGCCUUACUAGAAUUCUCUUCGACAGUCCGUCAGAAAGGGCGCCGCCCGUCUCCCGUGUGGUAGCGACACCCCGUCCGUGUCGUUUCAGGUCAGCGUGAAAGCUGCGAUUGGUUGAGAGAAGUCCGUUGCCAUGGCAAGGCUAAACAGACCGGCUCCGCCCGUGGUGCUUGAACAUAAGGGCAUGAGGUUCCUGAUCAUGGACCGCCCCUCCAACUCCAACCUCCCCAAAUACAUCGAGGAGCUGAAAAAUCACAAUGUGAAGGAGUUGGUGAGAGUAUGUGAGCCCACCUACAGCAUUGAGCCAUUGGAGAAGGAAGGCAUCCAUGUUUGUGACUGGCCUUUUGAUGAUGGAGCCCCCCCACCUAACAACAUUGUGGACGAGUGGUUCAACUUACUGAAGACUCGCUUCCGUGAAGACCCUGGGAGCUGUAUCGCUAUUCACUGUGUGGCUGGACUGGGGAGAGCGCCUGUUCUCGUUGCUCUGGCCUUGAUGGAAAGCGGAAUGAAAUUUGAAGACGCAGUGCAGUACAUCAGAGAUAAACGUCGUGGAGCCAUCAAUGCCAAGCAACUGAAUUUCCUGGAGAAGUAUAGGCCAAAGUCCAGACUGAAGAUCAUCACCAGGAAUGGGGGGAAAAACAACUGUUGUGUCCAGUAGCUGACCACUCCUUCCUUCAGCGUGCACCCUUCCACCCCCGUCUUACUAAUGAAACGGUCCUGCCCUUUGUAGAAAAUAAAAAUGGGACCAGUCCAUUUUUGUCUGUGGGUAAUUACAAAUGGAUUGUUCCAAUUGAUGUAGUUUUAUUACCCCGUUCUUCACAUUUGGCCCCCCUCCCCCCUUUGACGGUAAAAAUUUACAAAUGACGUUUAUAUUUUUCAUUCCUAUAGUGUGAUGUGUGUUUUGAAAGGGGAUUGUUUCGAAAUGCUUGAACAAAAUGCAUAUCAUGUGUGAAAGACAUUGAACAGUUGACAAAUUUUCUCCAGAAGUGCACUACAUGAAUGUUAAAUUUUAACGGACAAGUCCAUUUUGUGUGUAUGAAAGGGAUGGGAGGGACCACCGAUGUACAGGAGAUAUAAACAUCUUACCCACAACAAUAGUGGUAUGAUCCACUCGUUUCGUAAUCAGGCAUUUUGAGUAAUUUUUUUUCUUACCUCAAAUAUCAGCCAAGAUUUUCCGUGUCAAAUUUACUGUAUUGCAGAGAUAUCUGCAUUGUGUAAAAGUUCUACAUUAAAAUUAGCCAAAUGUUUGUAUUGCAAAUGAGCACAUUUUUAUGUACACCUCUCUUAAACCUCUUGUGGAUUGUUGAAUGGUUUCGAUGCCAUUUUCACUUUUUUGUGCAGCUUUCUAUUUUCCUGCUUCUCCGUCCUCGAGGCUUCUUUGUAAAAGUGAUGCUUAAAAAUGACCAGAAAGUGUAAAUUACUAUUUUGAAGCCAUUGAGAAUCAUAUUAACGUAGAGCUACUUUUAGAAAACAUAUCAUUAUAAGAAUUGUGCCCCCCUCCCUCUUUUGAAAACCCUAAAUCGCCCAGUAAACAACAUGGGAUCAAGUACUCAAAAUUCAAAAGCCAGUAUUGCUAAGUUACAUUUUAAUCAUGUUUCCUUAGAAAACAUGUUUAAAUAUUUCUACAGUCUGAAAUAUAAGCAGAUAUUCUUUGAUCAGUAUUACUGAAGGUAUAUCACUUUUGCAAGGAACGCAGGGCAUGGUUUGCGUUGUGGGAUAUAUUGUGGACAGGCUAGCUCAGUACAUGUACACCUAGCACAAUCACUGAAAGUGCAUUAAUUAUAACGAGAAUGCUAGUUCGUUAUUGCUGCUACACAACACAACACAACAUAGCAUCAAGACUGUAAACAAUUGUUGAUCUUGUCAUGUUAAGUACCAUACAUACUCUAGUUACAUAAAGAAAAUGACUAUUUGAGUUUCAAGCUUGUAUUUUCACUCUACUCUUUAGUGUUACAUAUUCUGCACCUAUCAGUGAAAAUCCAGAUAGGGGGCAUAGAGCGGAAUUUGACGUUGUGUCAAAUUUCCCAUUUUUUCAAACACGAUUAUACGUAAAAUUCAGGCACACACAGAUUAUCAUCUGCAUUAUUUGAUAUUUGCUCAAUCUGAACUUGGAAACCUCUGCAUAUAAUAAAACAGUGUUGGAACCAAUGUGGUCUACCCCCAUCCAAUAACCCCCCCUGGGAUCUUCAUUGACAGGUGCAUAUAUUAGAUACAUAUCUACAAAUAUAGGUCUGUAAUUUACAUUUGCUGCUGAGAUUCUAAAACCAUUUGAAGCACCCAGGCUUUAAAAAAAUGUUAUGAUCAACUUUUCUUCGCCAGUGGACGAGUAUUAUAAUAUGGAGUUUUUCGGAAGAAUUUCAGUGAAUGUAUUAUUAUUAUUAUCUUCAUUAUUAUUACUGGUAUGUGUAUAAUAAUUGUACAGUUUUCUGAAUAAUCGAAAUGGGAUGUGCAUUGGAGUUGUUACAACAAUGUGCAAUGGCGUUAAUUUCUCAUUUUUGGAAAAAAAAUACUGUAUGAUGUAAUUCACCUUGUGUCCCGACAUCGUUGGGAGAGACUAAGAUUUAGUUUUAAGGAGGACAAAAAUGAUGUAAGCUAACUGUUGAGGUAGUCGGUUGUUGAGAGUACUUAGUGGUUACUUAAUCUCGUUAGCAAGUUUGAAUAUUAAAAUGGUGCACCAUUAAUUUUUCGCAGUCCGUAAACCGUCACGUGUGCAAGGCAAUAGGGUUGAUCUAAACUGGGAAAAUACCGUACUAUCGUCUCACUCGUGAAGUGUGGUGGAUUUGGUUAAAGUAUGUCAACAUUAGAGCUAAAUUUCUACCCCCCUACCCACGCACUGUCUUUUGGAGUCAUGGAAAACCAAACCCCCCUUGCAUUUUAUAUUAACAAGUCCACCAUUUGCUAUAGCAAACUAUUAGACGAGUCAUUGCUGGCGUUAAUUCAACAAGCCCCCCUCCCACCCCACAUGAUGUCACAGUUCUCUCAGCUUUUCACACACAAACCACUAAAAGGCAUGUAUAUUUCUGGAGUAUUUUUUAGUGCGUCCAAUUUUGUGGCUUCCAACUGAACAAAAAGCAGAGAAACUGUAAGCUUGUGUGAAAGCGCUGCCGUCUUCAAGGCUUUACAAAGCAUUCCUGUCCUGUGGCCAAAAAAAAUAAAGACAAAAGGAGUAAAAUCUUGUGACACAUCUGACAACAUGUCCUCCACAAGAUGUUAGAGAGCUCUAUUUUUCUAGCCGAACUUUUGUACAACAUGGCUCCUCUCUCGGCAGUGCUUUCACUAAUAAAUGCGUCCCUAUAACGUUGUGUUCCGACUAUGCACAACGCGAAAUAAACAAUCUCCGAGUAUAGCCUCGACGGUAUGGCCAGUCAAAGAAAAACAACAGCGUAUAGCCAGUUUUGAAGUACUACUAUGUUUGUUGUGUGCCUUUUUGUAUGAUAGAAAGUGUAAACAGUUUGCCAUUACUGAUGAUCAUUUUGCAAUUCAGAAAAGUGGAGAGGUAGCAAGAAAUAGAGAUACUGUGACAUGACAAAAACAUAGAGAUACAAAUAUCACUUAAUAAUGACAACGUGUUGUUCCAAAUUGUCAAUAUAUGACAAUACAUACUGUGGAACAAUCUGCUAGUCAGGAUUUUGUUGGAGCAAAAAGUUAUCUACAAUUCUGAUUAUGAAUAAGAAAUAUCUGUACUAACUGUCCUUGUAAAAAAAUUGCCGGCACCUUGCCUGUAUUGUGUAUUUUUAUUUGUAUACAAUUCUUAUGUAUUGGAAAGUUGAUUUUUUGAGAAUUGUAGUGCAACAACACUGGUAAAUGAGGUAAGGAUUUUAAUGAAGGUUUGCAGGUGGGUAUGGUUGGUGUACGGUAAAUGUUGAUAGUGUUGUGAGGAAAAAAAACUUGCAUGUACCGAGUUUUCUGUGGCAGAUACAUGUAUAGCAAACUCUAGUAUGUUGGUUUGAUCAUGUGAAAGGUAGAACGCCAAGAAUGAACAAGGAAAGUCCAUUAUGCUUUCUUAGAUCAGGAAAUCUAGUUGCACUCAUUGAGCACUUUUCCACUGAAAACUUGUAUCAACAGGCGAAGCAUACAGGAAAGCAAGGCCUAACAACUCUUGUAUUUUUAUGGUGGGAAAUUUCUUUUACCAUUUGUGAAAUACCAGUAGUAAACAUUUGACAGGAGAAGCCAUAGUUUGAAAUUCAAAAAGCAUAAUGUACAUUUUUAGGUGAUGUAAUACCUGUACAACAGAAGAAUAUUUUCAGUGGAAAAUUCUCAAUGUUUGUUUUGCAUCAGUGCAUUUCCCAGCAUCAUUUAACAUUUUGGCGACUCCCUUCAGGGCGGAGCCUUAAUUCUCGCUGUUGGUAUUCUACUUAAAAGCCUGUGGUGCCUGGAAUUUUCUGAAAAAAUACAACACUUUCUAGGAAGGCUGGGCUAGCAAAUUGUUGAACUGUUCACUUGGUACAGGGCGGCGGCACGCGAGAUUAAAAAAUGGCCGCCCUCGCUUUUCAAGAUGGUUUUCCUUUUAUUCUCGUAGAUCGUAGUGUGGCGUGGAUGUCCAAAUUGUCAUGACAACGUCAGUGUCAUCUGUUCUAGAGAAAUGUCUACUUUCUCUCUGGGGCAGAAACAACUGGAUGUACAUCAAAAUGCUGUUGAUUGUACAGAUUUAUGUACAGCGUGGGGAAAGUGCAACAAAUGGUUGCCCCCCUCCCCCAUUUUUUGGUCAAAUAAAGUCUCGGCCAGAGAUAUAAAUGUGUAUAA